AGAUGGGGCAAAAGCGGCGCCGUGGCGGCCCCCCCACCCCCGCAGGGCCCAGCAACCGUUCCCCAGGGCACCCCCGUUGCCGGCAACGGGGCGCCCCGCAGGGGGACCCCCCGGCGAGCCCUCCCAACGCCCGGGCACCGGGGAUCCCCGGGCCACGUGUGCGAAGCAGCCCCAGGAGGCCGAAAGCGCGGCGCGGCCCACCGAGCGGGGUGCUCCCCGCUCCACGGCUGGCGGGCCGGUGGCGGCCGCUCUCCUCCCCUUUACGGGGGUGGGGGCCGGGCCAGGCCGGACCCCCGCGCCGCCCCCACUACCUGCGGGCGGGGGCGCGCGGGGGCGGGCGCUGGGGAAAGUUUGUCUCUGUGGUUGGCUGCGCCGCGCGGCGCGGCUGGUCGGGGCGGGCGGCUCCGUUGCGCUCGCAGGGCAGCGGGGAGGCGAGCGGCCGGCCGGGGAGCGCGCUGCUGCCGGUCUCCGGGCGAGGCGAGCGUGUGCACCGCCGAUCCCCCUCGCGAAGGGAGAGGUACCUGCGCAGCCCUGCCAGCAUGGGGCACCGCGGGGAGAGGGCGUCCUGCCUGCCUCUCCUUCUCCUUCUGCUGCUGCUCGGUUUCUGCAGAGGGCGUGUUGUGAGGGUGCCCAAAGGCCCUCUUAUUCGAGUCGUGGGCACAGAGGUGGUGAUCCCUUGCAGCGUUAGCGACUACGAUGGACCCAGCGAACAGAACUUUGACUGGGAGUUCUCCCGGGAGACUGACUUCUUGCGGAUAGUGAGUACCUGGGAUUCUACAUUCACCUCUGAGGAGUACCAAAAACGCGUGGGCCACGGGGAUAUCAAACUGAGACGGAGCAGCAACGAUGCUGUGGAACUUGUGAUUAGAAACAUCCAGCCAACUGACCAAGGGAGAUACAAAUGCUCCACGCCCAGCACUGAUGCCACCGUUCAGGGAAAUUAUGAUGCAGAGGUCCAAGUGAAAGUGAUUUCCGAUGGCUUAACGGUGAGUGGCUCCAAAGCACGUUCCUCAAUGUCUCUCAGGCUGUCUGAGGGUGACUCCUUCAAGUUGCGCUGCUCAGCAAUUACCACCUCACCGGAGCACACUCACCUGCAUGUGACUUGGCAGAUCAAAAGUGGAUCGACUUGGCGGGACAUCCUAUCUUUGACUCAUGAGGGCAAAUUCCAGCCAGGUCCAGGCUAUGAGGAGCGCUACCGUAAUGGAGAUAUCCGUUUGGACACAGGAGCAAAUGACACGUAUCGGUUAUCUGUAUCCCAGGCCUCAUCAGUGGAUGGGGGUGCCUACAGGUGUCUUGUGAGCGAGUGGGUGAGAGGAGCAGAUAGCUCAUGGCAGAAGAUUCAGGAGAAGAGCGUGGAGAUCGCAAGUGUGGCAAUCCAACGGACUGCUCUAGAUGUGGUCAUCUCAACAAGCAAUGUGUCUGUGACCGAAAGAGACUCCCUGGAUCUUACAUGCAACAUCACAACAGACAGGAGUGGUAUUUUCCAAGCAGAGGUGAUAUGGUAUUUUUCUGCAUCACCUGAUGAUACCUUGUCAGAUGCUCAGGUUUUGCUGAGCAUGGACCAUGAUUCUGUUGUCAGUGAUUCAACUCUCAUCAGUCUGAGCCAUGUAGAUAGGAAUUCCUAUCGCCUGUUGGUACGUGAUGUGGAUGUAGAAGACUCUGGCUACUACUUCUGCCAAGCAGCUGUCUGGGUACCACUGCACAACGGGAGCUGGCAUAAGGUGGUGGAGAGGACAUCUGCGCCAGUCAGUGUGAUGGUGACAGCAUUAGAGCCAGACUAUGAAGUGUUUCUGAAUGCCUCUAAAACACCCAAGUUUUCAGAUGACCCCACAGAGCUCGACUGCAGGAUCAUAAACUCACAGGACACCGAAGCAAACAUCCGCUUCACUGUUUCGUGGUACUACAGGCAGCGCCUGCAUAGUGAUGAUGUGGUGACAGAGGAACUCCUGGCCACGAUGGAUGCAGACUGGACUCUGCUGCCCGGGGACAGGAGCAGAGAGCGGACUCAGAAUGGGGAAAUAAUCUUCUUUAAAAAGGCUGUUGACACCUUCAGUUUACGAAUACAGUGGACUUCAGAAAAUGACAGAGGGGAUUAUUUCUGUGUCAUCUCUGCAUGGAGUAGGCACCGCAACAACACCUGGGUGAAAAGCAAAGAUAUGACUUCUGCACCUGUCAGCAUUUCCUGGGCUACACAAGAUUACACACUUACAGUGGAGGCGGUGAAAUUGAAGCCAUUCUUUGUAGCAGGCCACACCUUUGAGAUGACGUGCAAAGUGUCUUCAAAAAACAUCAAGACGCCACGCUAUUCUGUCCUCAUUACAGCAGAGAAGCCACUGACGGAUCAGUCUAAUCCCAAUGGAACCACUCGCAUAAUCUCCUUGAACCAGGAUUCAGUAGUGCGGCUGGAAGACUGGACGGACCAGACUCGUGUGGAUGGCGUGGUUCUGGAGAAGGUCCAGGAGAAUGAGUUCCGCUACAGGAUGUAUCAGACCCAGAUUUCUGAUGCUGGGCUGUAUCGCUGCGUGGUGACUGCCUGGUCUCCAGGUGGUGGUGGCAUGUGGCGUGAAGCAGUGAAUGGCUUAUCCAACCCUAUCCAGAUAGACUUCCAGACUUCAGGUCCUGUUUUUAAUGUCUCCGUGCAUUCUGACAACCCGACGAUUUACCAGGGUGAACUGGCAGAUUUGCUGUGUAUCGUCACAACAGAAGGAAUGGCACUUGAUUCAGAUGAUAUGUCCUUUGAUGUCUCCUGGUUUGCUGUGCGCUCCUUUGCGUUGGACAGAGAGCCCGUCUGGCUGGCCUCACUGGACCGAAAAGGGAUCGUGACGCAGAGCAGGAGAAACGGGAGCAGCGAUCUCAGCCUGGAGAGAAUCAGCCCACUGGAAUUCCGGCUCCGCGUGCAUGGCUGUGAAGACCAUGACUUUGGGAACCACUACUGUGUAGUGACCCCGUGGGUGCGAUCUGCCACUGGCGUGUGGCAGCGGGAACCUGACAUCAAAGCCAAACCUAUCUUUCUAUCUGUGAAAAUGGAUGUUCUGAAUGCUUUCAAGUAUCCCCUGUUGAUUGGCAUCGGCCUGGCCACUGUCAUUGGACUCUUAUCCUGCCUCAUUGGCUACUGCACCUCUCGUUGGUGCUGCAAGAAGGAAGUGCAGGAAACAAGACGAGAGCGUCGCCGGCUGAUGUCGAUGGAGAUGGACUGAGCAUGAGAGCUGGACACACUUGCAUUUCAGGAGAGACUCACAGGGCUCUUGGACUGUGCUGAGACACUCACUCGCAGGCCCAGACAAGACAAUGCAUUUCCUCUCUGAUUUCAGCCUGGACCUCAAGCUUCUCCUUGUUACACAUCAUGUCCUGAGAACAUUCAGGCCGUAUUUAGCAACUCGGAGUUCUCCUUUUCCAGCAGCACUUUCUGCAUAGGGAUCAUGUCCUUUUAAUGUGCAAACUGUUGAGCCUUCUUUCAGCAGGGCCCUGUGACAAAAUUCACUAAGUUUUUUUGUUUGUGUUUUGUUCUGUUUUUCUUGUUUAGUGUUCCCCCGCCUUGGUUUUGCAAAGAUAUCCCUGUAUGAAAGCAUGAUGGGCAGGGCAGUGGGUGUGAAAAAGGGGCUGGUAGAAGUGUUAGACUAUCAUUGUAUUAAGCAGUCUACUUUUCCCCUCUACCCCCAACACACCAUCCAGUUCCCUUUGUCCACCUUGGUAUCUCUCAGACUUCUCCGUGUUGAGUUGAAGGCUGGAGAAGGUUCCUCUGCUGCUGCCUCAGAAGGCUGUUCCAAUAAAUGAUUGGUUUUAUGAUUGUCAGCAUGCCUUCCCUUCCCUGGCUUUCGAAAGGUUUGCAGUUAACCACAAAACAUAUUUUGCCUGGAGGUCUUUGAGACGCUUUUAAAAUACUUUUAAAAAUUUUAUUUUCAGUGCUCAAAGCUCUUAGCUGUGGUGAACAGGGGCUAACUUGGCAACCUUGAAGAGUCAGUCCUCAGGCAAGCAUUUGUUGGAUGUCUGCUUGUGGCCACCUGCUCCCCACCCACUUUUUCUCCCCACUACAGCUGCUCACGUUGUGCCUGAGACCCUGUUUUGCUUCUGGCAGGAGGGCACAUGGUGUCUAAGGACAAGGGCCAGCCUUUUGCUUGGCUCAACAGAGACCUUGCCCCUCUUAUGAAAGAAAAAAAAAUGAGAUGGAUCUUUGUGUGCAGUUGUCCAAUUAAUCAUAUUUAGAGAAGGCUUGUAAACUAUGUAUUACCAAAUGCACAGACCAGACUCCAGUGCUACUUCUUCCAGUCACUCAGUGGUUAAGCCUUGAACCUGUGAGCAGUCUGAGAUCUGCAGCAGCUGAACUGCAGCUCAGGGUGGGAAUAGGAUCAAGCCCAAGAAGGCUGCAAGAAUCCCUCAGGUUCCAAUGGUCCUGGUCUUGUGCAUGGGCCUGCAGCAGGGCUUUCCCCAAGGGUCUGAGACCUAUUCCUAGGUGCUAGAGUAUAGAAGUCCUGCUUUGGUCUUCCACAUACACUGACCUGGCUCCUGAGUAGGAGCAGCUCCUUUCCCAGUUCUGUCUUCUCAGCACAGCUGGUGUUUUAAGCAAUAAAAGUCAGAAUAAAGAUACUGUGUAUAAACAAACAAGGAAGGAGGACUAUACCACAAUCUGACAUCACAGCCAGGGUUUGGCUUGCAUCAAGAAGGGUGAGAAAUGUGGAGUUGAGGCCAGGGCUCAAUCCUUUUCGGAGUUUUUUAAGAUAAAAGACGCUAAAGGAGAGCAUACAUGGAAGGUACUGGCUGUGGUGUGCUGUUGCCAGUCUAGACAUUAGUUAAGUGCUAGACAAUCUGCUUCACUAAUAGCUCAUCCCACUGCACAUUCCAGGGGAGCUGCAGGUGUAGUAUCUGUGCUAUGAAGGCUUCAUUUUACGUAAGUGUUUGUGGAAUCUUCAACUCCACAUUGCAGCUAUUCCAAAAUCCAGGGUGUUUUUGUGGUAGGUUUUCUACAGGUAGGUUGUUGUUUUUUUGUUUGUUUGUUUUGCUUUUUUCCUAUCUUACACUGUGACCUUUGGCUGAUGUGAGGGCUUUUCUGGGAAGGUUGUUCUGCUGCUUGCAUGCAAACACACGUGCAGUCACAAAUGUAUACGUAUGUAUGCAUAGAGAUGUCCGAUGAUUUUUUUUUUUUUUUUUUUUUUUUGGAAGCUGAAUGUGAGACAUCUUCAAAAUUGGCUUGAUUUACAGAGUUGGGGCUUGCAACUUCUUAUUUGACUCUUUAAGAGAUUUAAUGUACUAUUCCUAAAUGGGGACACCCAAAACCAAUAUAAACCUGUGGAAGACUUUGGCUUGAACAUUCGUAGCAACUUUUCUUUCUGGCAUGACGUUUUCCUUUCUGGAAGAGCUCUGAAAAGGCCUGUGUUGCAGGCAGAUGUAGCUGUCUCUGCUGAGGAGCAGGGCAGAAGCAGUCUCUAGUUUCUGCUGUGAAAGCCCAGAAAUCUGUAGCGAUGCUUUCCAAAGGAAGAGAGUUAAGGAAGGGAUUCACUCGGAUAUUACUUCGGCAGCAAGAAUUUUUCUUCCUCUCAUGUCUGUCUGCUGUAGUGAAGUCUUGCUUUCUCUUUGGAUGUUAAGAAACACCAUUCUGAUGUUUGGGAUGCUGCCUGUCCCUCCCAUACUGAUCUAGCAGCUUCUUUCCUGCAUUAACAUCCGCUUUCUUCACAGAAGGCCUGUUGCAUGGGGACAUCUUGGGUAGGGGUGGUAGUGGUGGUGAAGUUUGAAGCACAGCAUCAGUCACUUUCUGUCCUUGCAGACUGACUCCUUGUUUAUGUGCUCUUGGUUAAGUUUUGGAGAGAGAGGAUCAUGACUGUAACGCAAUAAUUAGGGAAUGAAUGAGCAGGGAACUGCCAGCUCUUCCCAAGCACACAACAUAGCACACUUUCUCCCUGCUGGAAAAAACUCAGGGUUAUUUUGGUCAGGGCUCCCUGCUCCUCUAGUGAAAGGUCCCUAUGUCCUUAGCUAAUGCUGACCUUCCUUCAUGGCCUGUAACAAACCAUCUUUGUCAUUCCAAGUGAAGCAAGUUUGCUGCUAGCUUGUACUGCUGCCAGCCCCUUGGAAGGCAAUGCUGCAUCCCCUUCCACCCUGUGUUUGCUGUAGUUGGAAGGCUAGAAGCUGAGGGGCUACACUUAACCCCCAGGUUUCCUUCUACUUGUGCCAAUUUUGUAUUAUCUCCUUUUUUAAAAAAAUAGAGUGGGAAUCUUAUCUCUAAUGAAAAAAAAAAUAUCUAGGUCACUUUUCAUGUUUUUUAUUAUUAUUAUUUCCUGUGUGACCGGGGUUUGUGUGAGUGGAAGUGUAUGUGCAUCUGGUCAUGUAUUAAACCUGCAGAGUAUCAGGAGAGUAAGCUGCCUGAGAUGCAGUGCAAGCAUCUGUAUCCUCCCUGCUGCAACCUGUGGUAUUGUCAAAGUAUCCUAAGGGCUCACGUUGAUCUUCCUGUGUUUGCUUUGCCACAUCUCCUGGUUAAGCUGGUAAAUUCCUCCAGACACUUGGAAUUUCGAUCUAGAACAAGCUUGAACAUCAUAUAGCAGAAAGGCAAGUUAUUUUCUUUCUUUUGUUUUAAUUUCAAAGUUAUAAAAUAAAGUGUUGGGCACAACUCUGGAAUGCAGGUACCGAAUAGUUCUAACAAUGAUGUGUAAAAUAUUUCUUUUUAUGUUUAAAAUAAAGAGCGAGCCUUUUUGAUUA